UCUCUGUUGACCGGCCACCUUUCAUCUGGAAAGGCCCAGCAUGGAUGAAACUUCUGGUCGCGGCCAUAGGGAGAAGAAACCAAGCGAAAAGUUAAAGGAACAGGUGACAAGCAAGAUCGACAAAAUCGAGGACGAGAAGUCAAUCGUGCUGCCAACCUACAUUGCACCCAACGACCCAAAGUUCUUUCAGGACCAAAAGGAGGUUCCAAAGAUACACGACCAUACAAAGAGAUCUCUAAAUGACGACAAGGUUGAGUUUUACUCAUUGGGCACUCAUGUCGAGAGUAAAGAGAAACGAUACUAUAUUCGCGCAAAGAGAGAUCCGAAUACUUUCUACUUCCACGCCGACGAAGCCCCUCCUCGAUAUGCCCGUUUAAGUGAUGAGAAUCACCCACAAUGCGGGGUGGAAAGCCUGAAGAAUGUUUUCACCAAGGAUAUGCUAGGGAAGAGUGGAGAGUUUGGCAGCUAUACAACGAGAGCAAAUGUCUUUGCACGAGAAGGAAAGUUCUUUUUCGAGGCCAAGGUCAUAAGUAUAGCUCCGCCAGGCAGAGAAGAACCCGAUCGUGCUCUGGCCGAUACCCAGAACUCUGACAGGACCUCUACGAACCGAGGAGGGCUACGCGUUGGCUUCUGUCGGCGAGAACAUCAUUGGAGUGAGAAUCUAGGUGGAAAUGCGUACAGCUACGGUGUGGUUCUACGAAGUGGGAGAUCAAGAGAAUAUGGCAGUGUGCGCUUCAACACUUUGAUGUAUCACAUGCAAGGCGAGGGUGGGAAGGAUCCUGAAGACCUCUCUCCAGGAGAUGUUGUUGGCCUUAUGAUAACACUCCCGCCUUUGGAGGUGCACAAAAAGGUUGUCGAAGGUACAUUCAACCCGGCCGAAUAUCCACACCUGAAGUGUGGUCCUGCGAGCACCAAGAAGAAGCCUGGACCGGGCAAGAAAUCUGCCAAGGGCAGUGCGAAGCCGAAAGAUGGGGAAAACAUCAAGAGCAAGGAAGAAUUCACCAAGAAAUCCGACUGUCGGAAUGCCAUAAGAGGCGCGCUUCAGCCUUUGUACGGGCUGACUGCACCGUCAGACCACGACAUUAUCCGCGACCGCAACCCUUUCCUCCACAAAGGCAUGACUUAUUUCGAAUGUCCAGAAUACACACCAAACAACGAUCUCAGUCGGCCCACGUUGAACGCGAAAAACAAGUCCGUCAAUCCUGAGACUGGCAAAAAGUACGACUUACUGAACGAUCCUCAUCCGAAUCACGAACUACCACAUUUACGAACCCUCCCUGGAAGCAAAAUCGAAUUAUGGGUCAAUGGGAAAUAUCACGGUGUCGUGUGGGAGCACCUCUUUGCAUUUCUUCCGCCUGCUUCAUACAUCGAGAAGGGUAGCCGAGCUGUCACGGGUCACGGCGACGUUGAUGAUGGCUUGUUAGGCUACUACCCGGCAAUUAGUCACUAUACGGGUGGCGCAAUCGAGUGUAAAUUUGACGGACCGUGGUGGUACGGAUAUGAACAGGACGGUUCUCAACAUUCGGAUGCUCGUCCCAUUGGCGAGCGCUAUCAGGAACAAAUUGUCGAGGACAUGGUCAAUGAUCUGGUGGACGAAAUCUACCAGGAAAAGCUAUAUCAUGAUCCAGACUGGAUGAAGAAACGAGUUCUGAACGCCGCGCCAGUCAAUGUCCAACACAACUGAAUGGGUAUGAUUUCUUUUGAGCUGGUGCAUCAAUGGUUUCCCGGUCAAGCUCGUAGUAGGCGCACGUGGAAUAGUGAUUUUACCGCAUAUGGCAGGAUAUGGACGUGGGAUGGGCACGUGGAUGGGUCGACUUGGGCACGGCGGUGAAAAUGUUGUUUCAAGCAUAGCGAGAUACCCCUUGAUGCAUGGAAUGUAGAAAUAGCAACAUCAAAUAACCAUGAA